AUGGUGCUGCUGGAUGCAAAGGGAGAUGCCAUUUGGGUUCAAGUCCCGCGGAACUUGAUCAAGAGAUUUGAUUCUAAGAUUGAAGAACAAGCCAUAUGUGUCAUUGCAAAGUUCAAAGUGAGACCAUUAACUUCGAACACAAAGUAUCGGCCUCUUAACAAUCCCUUGGUAAUUGAGUUUCUACCAGGGACAACCAUUCGCCCCACAGACAGUACACAGUCAAUCCCUCGCCACUUUUUCAUAUUUAUCCAACAUUCUGAUAUACCACAGAACGUGAACAACAGGAUGAUUUUGCUUGAUGUUUUUGGCUUGCUGAAGGAAUGUUUGCCUCCAAUUACUACGACUAAUCUGAGAGGAAGGUCUACUCGCAAGGAAAUUAAGAUCAUGUUGCUUGAGGGAGUGGUAGUGGACAUAGUACUCUGGGGGCGACUAAUCACUCAGCUGGAUGAAAUUAUCUUGGUAGCUGGUAGCAAGCCAAUCAUUUUGGUCAUUCCGUGUGUUUUUGUGACUAAGUACAAUGGAGGAGACCUUAAGUUAUCGUCGUCGACUGCGACCAAACUUUAUGGAAAUUUAGAUUUACCUGAAGUUGCAGCCUUUCACCAAAGGUUUCGACUUGAGCUCUCUGUGAUAGACUCCUCGAGUGAAGCACUUUUUGUUGUUCUGGAUCACGCAGGCUGGAAAUUUUUUGAUAAGUCAGCUCAAGAACUUUACCUUUCAAGUGAUCAACACCAUAAUGGGGUACCUGCUGUUAUCCAAAACUUUGAAAGGGUAGAUGUGACGUUUCACGUCAAACUAAAUUCGUACACUUUCAAAAAUCCAUCACAUGGAUUUAGUAUUGUGAAAAUCGUUGAACCCAAAGGAGUACAUCAGCUACGUAGUAAAACUUUUGAAUCUGGCCAGCACUCUAAUGAAGGAAAUAUCAAUUCAACUUCAGCCAUCGAUGUUGUGGGAGAACAGUCCACUGAAGAAUCCAUUAUCAAUACCACAACUGCGAUUGGCCAUGUAGAAGCACGAGAUGAAAGUCUUGAUGGUGGUGUUCGCACGCCGCUAAAGAGGAAGUUAAGUGAUGAGGAAUAG